AGCAAAUCAUUUGGAUAAUCACUUUUCCAAAAGCAAGAUUUGCACCGCCGUCUGCGGUGAGACCUUUAGCUACACUACCCAUCAAUCAAAGGAAUCCAACAAUUUUCUGCAGCUAGGUUGACUCUCCACACUCCACAGCCGAAGUUAUAUAAAAAGGGCCUCCCAGACUCCAAAAUCCAGAGUCCUAGGCCGCCAAUACCAACCCAAAAAUAGUAAAAUACUAUGGGUGGUAGCAAUACUAGUCACAGCAACCUCAAGAAUGCAGUCCUAGCAUUUCUAGUUCCCCUGCCCACCAUCCUCUUCUACCUCACUUUCCUCUACCACUACCAGGAUGAUGAUCCCAAUUUGCUUUCCCCUGUAUGGAAAUGGUGCUAUAACCACCCUAUCCUGCUAGCCAACAUCUUCUUUUUCUUCAAUGUCAAUGUUCUCUUUUGGCUCAUUGGCCUCAUCCAAUCUAGCCAUUGGAUGAUUGAUCCGUAUUGGACGGUGAUACCUGUUUUAUUGGUGCACUACUAUGCAAACCAUCCAUUGGCAGUAGAGAAUAAGUACAAUGUUUGGAGAUCAAGAAUUGUAACAUGUUUGACGUGGGUCUGGAGUAUUAGGCUCAGUCAUAACUACUUUCGCCGCGAAAAUUGGCAAUGGGGUGUUAGAGAGGAUUGGAGGUUUACAGAUAUGAAGCAUCAGUAUGGCAAAUGCUGGUGGUGGGUUUCUUUCUUUGCUGUUUACUUGUCCCAACAGGUCUUUCUCAUGGGAAUAUGCAUGCCUAUGUAUGUGAUCCAUUUAGAGAACAAGCAACUAGAUAUCUUGGACUUUGUUGGAAUAGCAAUAUGUUUGUCUGGAAUUGCAAUUGCUUAUUUUGCCGAUACACAACUUCAUGAUUUUGUGAGUAGAAAUAAGAAGCUAAAAGAGCUUGGCAAGCCAGUUGUUCCCAACCUUGACAAAGGGCUGUGGCAAUACUCAAGACAUCCAAACUAUUUUGGGGAGCAGUUGUGGUGGUGGGGACUAGUCAUUCUUGCAUGGAACCUGGGUUAUGGCUGGACUUUUGUUGGUUCACUCAUCAAUAGCCUGUGUUUAGCUUAUGUAACUGUGCUUGUGGAGAAGAGGAUGUUGAAGCAAGAUUACAGGGCUGAAGCAUACCAAUUGUACCAGAAGACAACUUCAGUGUGGAUACCUUGGUUCAGGUCACCGUUGAUAGGAAAAUCAAAGAACACUUGACUCAAGAAUGAUGUUGGAUAUGCACUGGUCAGGGAUACCAGUUUUGUCAGUGCGCUGCAAAUCAACUCAUCCAUUAACAGACGAUUACGAGUUUAAUAUUUGGAGAUCAAGAAUUGUGAUACUUUUGACAUGGGUUUGGAGUAAUAGCUUCUCUGACAGCUACUUAUGCCACGAAAAUUGGCAAUUGGGUCUUAGAGAGGACAGGAGAUUUAAUCAGCUGCAGCGUGUAGUAUGACAAACACUGGUUAUGGAUUGCAGCAUGCAGUAUGACAAACACUGGUUGUGGAUUUUUUCUUUGCCAUAUACCUAUCUCAACAGGUGCUUUUCCCCUUCUGAGCUAUUUUUGAAUUCUUUCUGUCGUUUGUACUAGUUUGUUAUCUUAAAAAUGGUAAAAGAUGCAGGACUGAGAGGUUAAGUGAUGCUUGUCAUUUUGCCACUCCAUCAAUGUUUCAAUGGACUUCUAUGCAUACCUAAGGUAAAGGAUUGGAACAUCUAAUUUCUUGGUGGUGAGCUUUUGAUCAGUUUGUCAACCAUAUCCUGGGGAAGUUUUGCUCAUAAGUUCCACAAGUUUAAAUUCUUUUGAAUUCUAGGAAUGGUCAAGUGAGGCUUGUAAGAUUGUAGAUAUGAGGACCUUAUAGAUCAUGAGCCUUCAGUAGGAUUGACUAAGAAGUUCUUAGGAUAUACAAGUCUAUAAUGUCAAUAUUACUUUUGAGCUUUUUAGUUUUUCAAUUGUUAUAGCUUUUGAGAACUUGAUUUAUGUCAUGGAUUGCGAGGGCUUGGCUUUGUGGAAAUCUGGAAGCAGCUCGGGUUUAAACAUAUAGUUGGAUUUGUGGAAAUCUGGAAGCAGUUCUGGUUUAAAUAUAUAGUUAGCAUCACUUCAAACAAUUCACAUGUAGUCGCAAUUAUUUUUUUGACAAGUUGUGUGAGGUAUUGAACUAAAUUGGCACAUCAUCAAAAAGGUUUUGCAAGCAAUGAAUUAUUCUUGCACAUUUAGACUAAGUGCUUGUAUACCUAUUCUGUCAUAAUGUACAGAAAAUAAAUCCUUCAGAAUGACAAAUCGAGAAUGUUAAAUUUCUUGUGGCUUCAUCUGGUCAGUUGAACAUGGUACUAGUUGCCUUGUUUAGAUCACAAUGGCCAAAGCUUUUUCACAAUCUGAGGCACCAUAGUGUGGUUUGGCCUCAGAUCUCCUAAAGUGAUAUAGGUGUAAAGCUUUAAUACAGGCUUUAUUGAUGUUUCAUCCAUCUGUCGCGGGACUAAUUAAUCACUUGCUUUUUCUGCUUAAUUCUCUCCACUAAAUGUUGUUUUGCUUCUUAUCUUGUUUGUCUGCCAGGUCCUUUUGGUGUGCGGUCAAAUCAAAGAGAGUGCAACUUAAUAUAUGCGACUCAGCUGCAAUAGCUGUAUGUUUGGCUGGUGAAAUCUUUGCUUAUCAUGCCAACAAACAACUCCAUGAUUUUGUCAGUAGAAAUAACAAACUAAAAGAGCUUGGCAAAGGAGUGGUGCUCAUACUUGAAGGUUUGUGGCAAUACUCGCAACAUCCCAACCAUAUUGGGAGCAGUUGUGGUGGAGACUAUUCAUCUUCGCAAGGAACCUGGGUUAUGGCUGGACGUUUGGUGGUGCACUCUCUAAUAGAUUCUGUUUAGCUUGUUUGUAUGCACAUGCGGAGAAUCGACCGUUUAAAGCAUGAUUACAGGGCUGAAGUUUACAAGUUAUACCAGAAGAGAACGUCAAUUUGGAUACCUUGGUUCAGGUCAGCAUCGAGGAAAAGACAAGAACACUUGACUCAAAAAUGGUCCACAUAUCUAUAUUACAGUUAUGGCCUUACAUUACCACAAUUCAAUUGUUAUCUUUCUUGUGAUGUGUUGGGCAUAAUAAAAAUGAAAGAAAUCCACCCAGUA